AUGGCAGCAGUCGUGGCAGUAGCAGCAGCCUGCCGCACGAGAAGCCCCCGUGCGCGCCUCACUCCCCUCACUCUACUCUCGCGCCUCUCGCGCGUCUCGCGCCUGACGCGCAUCACUCCAUUCACGCGCUUCAACGCGUCUCGCGUCGUCUUUUGCAAGAAUCGCCCGCCUCGCCCUCUGGCAAGUCCCUUCCGCCGUGCAUGCUCCCUUUCCUCUCCUCCCCGCCGCGCAUGCGCGCUGCCCCCUCCCCCGUGCAUGUGUUCUACUCCCCCUCCCUGCGCAUGCGCGCUGUCCCCCUCUCCGAGCAUGCGCGCUGCCCCCCUCCCCGAGCAUGCGCGCUGUGGCUGGAGCAGCCGUCUGCAGUCGCACCCUCUUCUCAUAUCGUUCCUCGCCACGUGUGCUGCUGUUAUUGAGACGCCUCAAAAACAGACCCACUCCUCUUCCCCCCCUCCCCCCGCCCCUGCGCACCCCACCCUGUCAGGUGGCUGGAGCAGCCGUCUGCUGUCGCGAAUAUCGUUCCUCGCCACCAUCUUUUGUGCUGCAAUCAUCCUCGUUAUAGCCAGCAUCUGUUUCUGCUUGUGCUGCCGACAAGGUGCGGUCCCCCAUGCACUGCUGUUUCUGGUAAGCCCACCCGCUGCUGCGUCUGGUAACCCGGUUACUUGUGUCACACGGAUGUGGUUCCGAGUUUUUAAUGUUGCUGCUGCUCCUCCCCUCACCACGCUGGCACUUCCUGACGCUUCUCCCUGUCAUGGGUCAUGGCUGCUGAUCAACCGUUUUUCCGGUCUGUCGCAUCCCCAUCUGCUGCACCUGAUUGGCUGGAGCGACCAACCUCUGGGGCAGGCGGGCGGCGGUAGGCGGCUGAGGCAAGUGGGGGAGAGCAUGAGGCAGUGGGCGCAAAUACUGUGGCGGAAGAGGGGCGCGCAGGAGCAGGGGGGGGGUGGGAGGUCGGGGUGCGGAGUGGGUGGGGGGUCUAGGCAAGGCGAGGGUGAGGGUUCAGGGCGAGUUGCAGACGGUGGGCAAGCAGGCAUGGAAGGCAGAGGAGUGGGGAGUGUGGGUGGACAGGAGGAAGGGGAGGAGGGGGAGGACAGAGGGAAGGCGGGUGACCAAUCUGUUGCUUCGUCUGAUUGCCGAGUGGAGUCCCUUCCCUCCCUCCCUUAUGGGGGUCCGAUGUGCUGCUCACUACAUUCCCUUCCCCUUCCCUCCCCUCCCUUCACACCAGACGCACAGUCCCUUCCCUCCCUUCCUUAUGGGGACGCACAGUCACCCCAGCCACUGGCCUUCUCCCAGCGGCUGGACAUAGCCAGGGCAGUGGCAGAGGCGCUGUGCCAUCUGCACACGUCCGCCCAGCCAGCCACUCCCCGUGUUCCCUCCCCUUCCAAUGUUCUUACCAGCUAUAUUCCCCACGCACAGUCGCCCCCACCACUAGCCUUCUCGCAGCGAUUGGACAUAGCCACAGCCGUGGCGGAGGCGCUGUGCCAUCUGCACACGGUCGCCCAGCCCCCCCUGGUGCACCGGCGCCUCUGCUCCUCCUCCAUCUUCCUUGAAGUGCUCCCUGUGGCCCGGUUGGCGAAUCUGGGGAUUAUCAAGGGCCUACCCAGCUCUCCCUGCUUAAUUCAGCAGUGCCACGUGGCACCUUCUAACAGGGACCCGGAUUGGUGGGAGCGCAUGCGGCCAACCACCCGCACAGACAUCUAUGGCCUCGGCAUCAUAAUGCUAGAGCUGCUCUCAGGAUGUCCAGCCACCACCACGGACCAAGCCACUGCCAGCACAGUCGCGUUCAAUGUGCACCAGAUGUUAGACAGCAUAGCAACAGACGACCUUGCUACAGUCCUCGACCCCUCCAUAGCCGCCCAGUCCAUGCCAUUCCGUCCCAUCCGCUCCUUCGCUCGCCUCGCCGCCCGCUGUGCCUCCCCCGCCGCCCGGUCUCGUCCCGACAUCAGCACAGUGGUAUCAGAGCUGCAGGGUAUCAGCCGAGCGAUGAUUCGACUCAGCAUGGCCCGCACCACUUCCCACAACUCGUUUGUCUCCCGAGCAGACUCAUGCCUCGAUUCUCCAGAUGGCUCUCAAGGAGAUUCACCUGAAGAUUCACCUGGAAAUUCACCUAAAGGCUCACGUGAAGAGUUGUCUGAAGAUUCAAAUGCCGGAUCACCAGAGUUACAGACACAAGAGCCAGUUGCCCCGUCUUGGAAUGGUAGGGGGCAGUUUCAAAGGCUCAGGUGA